CUCUGUUGGGGUAACAUCUAUUCUAGCUUACGAGACCAGUUCGACCCGUGCAAGGAACAGGACUAUAAACUCUGAGGAAAAACAUUAUUACAAAAUUUGUGGUGUGUUUUCCGUUUGAAAUCUGUGAACUUUUUUAUGUGUUCGUCGAAUCGAUCAUAAAAUCGCGUUUGUCGUUUCGCGAGAAUCAAAAGUGUGCGACAAAAAUUCUCGAAGCGACGCGUCGAAAGUAUGGUGAAUAUGGAAGGUUCCAGUGAGCAGCACACGGUGACAGCAUCGCCACCACCGCGGGCUGCCCUCAAGAGCAAUUUCAGUAUCCGCAGUAUCCUGCCGGAAGCGUGUGCCGGGACUCCGGCACCAUCGGUUAGUCGGUCCACCUCCCCGGAGAUCAGUCACGUCGAGGAUAGCGAGGAUUCCAGUGAUCUGGACGUAACGGGGGACGGUGGCACCGAAACACCGCCGUUGGAUUGCUCCAGAAACGCCGCGAACUCAGUUUCUUCUUCCGAACAGAAAGACUCCAAAGAUCGGCAAAGUGACGAGAAGAAAAAGUGCGAGAAACCUCCUUACAGUUACAACGCAUUGAUCAUGAUGGCCAUCCGUCAGAGUCCCGAGAAGAGGCUCACCCUGAACGGCAUCUACGAGUACAUAAUGCGUCACUUUCCUUACUACGAGAACAAUAAACAAGGCUGGCAAAAUUCCAUUCGCCAUAACCUCUCGUUGAACAAGUGUUUCGUCAAAGUACCCCGCCACUACGAUGACCCGGGCAAAGGGAACUACUGGAUGCUGGACCCGAGCUCUGAGGAUGUGUUCAUCGGCGGGACGACCGGCAAGCUCCGCAGGAGGACCACCGCAGCCUCCAGAUCUCGGUUGGCCGCGUUCAAAAGGAGCGUGGUACUCGGCGGAUUGUAUCCAUCGGCAUACGCACCACCCGGAUGGCCGGCGUCUCUGUACACGCUUCCGUAUCUGCAUCGCGCUGCCGCGUAUCCUCCGGCCAGCGGCGCCUAUUCCACUCCCGCCGGCUAUCCAGCCAGCUUGUUACCCGGCGCGGCCACCAGCUCGACCAGCAAUUUGCCCUGCAAACCUCAGCCGCUGCCAGCCACCGCGGCACCUCCAGCACACGGACCUUUCUCCAUGGAAAGGCUGCUCCAGCCACCGACCGCCACCGGAUAUCCAAACGGCAUCACCACCUCGGGGAUCCCCAUCUCCGGCAAUCCGUACGACUUCUACUCCACUCUCAGAUCACUGGCGGCGCAUCAACAACAUCAAACCACCGCCGCCAUGUUCGGCCACAAUCAGCAGCCGGCCAGGUAUCACGUAAAUCAACCCCCGGUGUUGGGUCAACCGACCUCAGCCACCGCGUCUCCAGGAAGCAGUCCUGAACCGAUGUCGCCUCACUCACCUCCGGUCACCAUUUGCAACUCCACUGGCGUUCAACAACCGAGGUCUCUCCUUCACAGUCCUCCGCAGUUGUUGCUAAAACCGAUCACAGUGCUCACCGGAAGGCAAAGUUGAACAAUCUAGGCCUUACGCCACUCGUGUUCGUGUGACUUACGGUUUAUUCAGCCUGGGCCGACUCCGAGAACUGCUAUGUUGGAUUGGCGUACGUCGGAUAGGAAACUUCUCCUACUCGUCCCAGUUAAUUCGUACGCGGUGAUAUAUUGUAUGUACGUUUAUUUUCUCUUCAUCUGUAAAUAUUAGAACGUAAAGACUAGAAAGAGGAACUCGACGUUCAAAACGCUCGACGUGAACCGAUACCAAAACUGUAAAAAAAGAAAUGCGAUUCUAAGGGGAUGUUCAACCCUGCCACCCAAGUGUGAUCUUCGAAACGUAGAAUAAUAUAUGUAUUACUGUAAAUAAGUCUGGUUAGAUUGAUCUCUGGUCUUCGAUAUCGUUGACCGCGAUGCCUCGAUCUUGGUCUCAAUUAACGAGGAUCGACGUGAUAAUUGAAGCUAUCGUGGUCAUCGAGAUUCCUCGAUUUUGUUAAUUUAUGUACAUAGUCGCAGAUUGUUAUUCGUAAAAGUAUGGAUAUAGUGUAUAUGUAUACAUGUAUACAUUACAAAGUCGUGGAUACACAUGGAUCUCGUGUGUAUGAUCGUUCGAAAUAAAUGUUCAAAA